AGAAGACGGCGUACGUGAUGUUGGCGGCGGAGCUCAGCGUCGCUAUGGAAAGCGAGUACACCGUGGCGCAGGUCCAGGACAAGGUACACACGAUUUUCUUUAUUAUACAUUGAUUUAUGUGAUUGUAGUUCUCGAAAUUGAAAACAAUUUGGGCCAUGACGAAGCCCUCGAACCCCAGUGAUACUGGUAAUGGCCCCUUGGCCCCCUUGCCCCCCCAUUACGACAUUAUGUUGGAGUUUUGGGGGGCGAAAAAAGGAUUCCAACGUGAAUCUCUCAUGUCGACCGACGCAAUCAUUGUCGAUGGUGCCAACUCUUCGGACGAAACCCAGUUAAAGCGAGAGAAUGGUUCGGACGAUGACUCCGACAUCGACAAGCCACAAGAGCGUCGUAAAAAGCGCGCGAAAACAACAAAAGCCACUAGUCAAGGCGAGGCGUUGGAAGCCGGUUUUCUCGCGAUAAAGGAGGGACUUAUUCACUUAGGAACGUCGCUGUCUACUGCGACUCCGACUCCUCCGCCCCCGCCUGCUUCGGGCGCAACUCUGGACGAUGUAUUGCGUGCAAUUCAGGGCCAAUCGGACACUAUGGCACAACUCCUGGCUCAUUUGGUUUCUCGCAAGUAAACUGCAAUUAAUGAAAAGGUGAUCGCACAGUAUUUUUCAAUUAAUUCAAAUACUAGC